AUGUCUACAGAGCUCACUUUUCCAUCCCCCAACCUUGGGGUCAACCCGUCUACCCGACAUUGUCUCAUCUACUUCCUCACCGGCAACCCAGGCCUCAUCGACUACUAUGCCCCAUUCCUGACGCAUCUCCGCUCCCUCCUGAACGAUAUUGAGGUCCGUCGCAAGCACAAGGUCGCCUUCCACCUCUACGGCCGCGACCUCGCUGGCUUCAACGACGCCGACCACGCCGCCCCCUUCAACGCCACCAGCAACCCGCCCCACGACGUCGAGUCCCAGAUCCAGCAUGCAUUCCGUCACAUCAUUGCCGCGAACCACAUACCAACGACCAUCACCUCCCCCGAUGGCGGCAAGGUGCAGCGCGGCGGCCAGCCCUUCGAUGAGGUCGUGCUGAUGGGCCACAGCCUGGGCACCUACCUCGCCCUCGAGAUCUUCCACCGCCACCUGCACGACCCAGACAUCGCCCCAGGCCUGAACCUGAAGUCCGGCGUGCUGCUCUUCGCCACCAUCGCCCACCUCGCCAAGAGCCGCAAGGGUGUGCAGCUCGACCUCAUACGCCGCACCCCGGUCCUCUCGACCCACGUCCACACCAUCGCCCGUUCCCUCCUCUGGCUGCUACCCGUCGCCUUCAUCCGCUGGUUCACGGCCACCGUGCUCUCCAUGGCGCCCCAUGCUGCGGCCACCACCACACGGUUCCUGACGUCGCGCGAUGGCAUCUACCAGGCGCUGUACCUCGGCAUGGACGAGAUGAAGGUCAUCAGCGAGGAGACCUGGGCCGAAGAGCUGUGGGAGAUUGCCGACGAGGCUGUUGCUCAUGCGCACGAGGUGCCCAAGUUCUUCAUCCUAUUUGGAAAGGAUGACCAUUGGGUGCCGAACCAGCACCGUGAUAAGUUUAUAGAGGAGAGGGAGAAACAUUCGGCGAGGGAGGAUGCGCCCAAGACGAAGAGGGGGCGGACGAGGAUCGUAAUCGAUGAGGAGGGGCUGCCGCAUGACUUUUGUAUCAAUCACAGCGAGACCGUUGCGAACAAGGUAGGCGUUUGGAUCGAUGAGAUUGCGGAACACCCAUGA